CUUUGUUCAUCAUCAUCAUCAGCAUCCGCCCUUGUCCCGCCACAUUGUUUGCAACGCACUGUCACCUCGUCCUUCUCGUCCUCUGGUGUCUACCUUGAAUGCCAGGCAUCGCUCGUCUGGGAUCGCGCCUCAGUGCGCAAUCAUUACUUGCUCGAGCCCGUCCUUGCAGCAUACAAAGACCUCUGCAGCGUCUACCUACCUCCAGCGGUCUUGCCUCCAGUGUGAGACUACCGAGCAGCCGACUUACUCAUUCAAAGGCGCCAACCUCGUACGCCUCGACCGCCCUACCAUCACCUUUUAGAUCAGCAUCAUCAGCCAUGACCAGCACACAACGGAAUACACGGUCGUUGGCCACUGCAGCACCAGGCUCGGCUCAAGGAGGACAGUCACCUCUUGAUACCCUUCCUCCAGGCUUCGAGAUCAGAGAUCAUAUGCCUUCUGCAAGCUCGUCAUCAUCCAGCUCUGCUCCGUACGCACUCUUCACGAAGGAUUUGGAGAGACCCGAUCUAGACGACAGGGAGUAUCGCAUAAUCGCUCUGGCAAAUGGCCUUGAGGCCCUCGUCAUCCGUGAUCCUACCACCGACAAGGCCUCCGCGGCCAUGGACGUCCGCGUGGGACAGCUUUCUGACCCAGAGGAUUUCCAAGGACUUGCACACUUCUGCGAGCAUCUUCUUUUCAUGGGUACUGAGAAGUACCCUCGAGAGAACGAAUACUCGGAGUACCUCUCGAAUCACUCUGGCGCAUCUAAUGCAUACACUGGAAUGGAGAAUACCAACUACUUCUUCGACGUUGGCCAUCAGCACCUUGAAGGUGCUCUCGAUCGCUUCUCACAAUUCUUUCUCACGCCGCUCUUCGAUGCUAGCUGUACAGAGCGGGAGAUUCGAGCCGUAGACUCUGAGCACAAGAAGAACCUGCAAUCAGAUACCUGGCGCGCAUUCCAGCUGGACAAGUCUCUCUCGGACCCCCGCCACCCGUACUCCCAUUUCGGUACUGGCUCCGCCAAGACGCUGUGGGACCAACCGAGGCAGCGAGGCCAGGAUGUCCGCGAUGAGCUCCUGAAGUUCCACGAUCGCUACUACUCAGCCAACGUCAUGAAGCUCGUCAUCCUUGGCCGUGACUCGCUCGAUCAGUUGACCGAUUGGGUGGUCGACAAGUUUUCUGGCGUGCGUAACAAGGGCCUUGCUGCUCCCACUUUCCCUAACUCACCUCUCGGAGAGGAGCAACUGAAGACUCAGGUGUUCUUCCGCUCCGUAAAGGAUAUCCGACUGCUAGACAUUACCUUCCCUAUUCCUGACCAGACGCCGCAAUUUCGAGCAAAGCCUGGUCAAUUCGUCUCGCACUUUGUGGGACAUGAAGGCCAAGGUUCCAUCUUGAGUCACCUCAAGAAGCGAGGAUGGGCCAACCACCUGAGCGCGGGGGCCACGAACGGCGCAGACGGCUUCGAGUUCUUCAAGAUUAGCGUCGACCUGACCAAAGAAGGUCUCAAGAACUACGAGAACGUUGUCUUGGCUGUGUUCCGCUACCUAGACUUGCUGAAGCAAUCUUCCAUCCCUCAGUGGACAUACAACGAAGUGUCGAGUCUCUGCGAUUUGGCUUUCCGAUUUAGCGAGAAGAUCCCACCAUCCAGCUACGCAUCUGGCCUCUCGACUCAGAUGCAGAACCCAUACCCUCGAGAGUGGGUCUUGUCAGGUCCCUAUCUGACCCGCAACUUCGACGUCGAUCUGAUCAAGAAGACGCUUAGCUACCUCUCCCCCGAGCGAUGCCGUGUCACAGUAGCCGCCCAGGAAUGUCCUGACGGCACUCAGGCGUGGGACCGCAAGGAGAAAUGGUACGGCACUGAAUACAAGCUGUCGCCCCUACCUAGCAAGCUACUUGAACAGCCCUCUGGCGCAGAAUUCGAAGAUCUAGCCUUGCCUGGACCGAACAACUUCAUCCCUCAGACUUUCGACCUAGCGGGAGGCUCGAAGCAGGAGCAUGAGUCGAAGCGACUAGGCGUGACCAAGCGACCACAGCUGAUCAAGCAGACUCCUCUGGGCCGUUUAUGGCACAAGAAGGAUGAUCAAUUCUUCCUUCCCAAGGCCAACGUCUUCAUGCUGCUUCGCUCACCGCUGAUCGACGCAACACCUGCUAACGCAGUCAAGUCGCGUAUGUUUGUGGAGCUUCUGAAGGACGCCAUGACCGAGUACGCUUACGAUGCCGAGCUCGCAGGUCUUGGCUACAACGUUGAGGCUCAAGCAGAUGGUUUCGGUAUCAGUGUAGAUGGCUACAAUGACAAGCUGCCUGUUCUUCUCAGCUACGUCUUGAAGGCAGUCAAGAACUUCGAGGUAGACCCGGUGCGUUUUGAGAUGAUCAAGGAUUCGGUCUCGCGACAGUACGAGAACUUCAGACAGGAGGCACCGUAUCAGCACGCAAACUAUUACACCUCCUAUCUCACAGUUGAGAGGAUGUGGACUCCGACAGAGAAGCUUGUAGAGCUCAAGGAGAUGACCUCGGCAGACGUCCAGAGGUUCAUUCCUGACUUGCUGGCCCGCCUUCACGUCGAGAUGCUAGCGCACGGAAAUCUCACUGAGUCCCAAGCAGGCUCACUCAUGGACCUUGCCGAGUCCACCUUGGCCGCCAAGCCUCUUUCGCCCACAGAGCUGAUCUCGCCACGCUCAUUGAUUCUGCCGACGCCGUCCGACAGCCGCUGGAGGAGACAAGUCAGCAACAAGGACAAUGUCAACUCCAGCAUUGAGCUCUACUGCCAAGUCGGUGACCCUCUCGAUGUUGAGAAGAGAGCCACGCUCGGUCUCAUGAGCCAGAUCGCUUCGGAGCCCGUCUUUGAUCAGCUGAGGACAAAGGAGCAGCUCGGCUAUCUCGUCUUCUCGUCGGUGAGGAGGACGAUCGGUUCAAUGGGGUACCGGAUCAUUAUCCAGUCGGAGCGUGAUGCCGAUUUCCUCGAAUCCCGCAUCGAGGCCUUCUUCGAGCAGUUCAAGAAGCUCCUAGAGGAAAUGUCCCCUGCAGAAUUCGAGAAGCAGAAGGCGAGUCUCAUCGCCAAGAAGCUCGAGGUGGUCAAGAACCUUGGCGAGGAGUCCACUCGCUUCUGGUUCCACAUCCACUCUGGCUACUACGAUUUCCUGGCUCGUGAGCGAGACGUGGAAGCGCUGAAGAAGGUCUCAAAGUCGGAUGUGCUGGAGCUCUUCAUGCAGUACAUCCAUCCUUCGAGCCCUACUCGGGCUAAGCUGUCAGUGCAUGUGCAGAGCCAGGUCAAGGCCAAGAUGUUCUCAACGCAGGCAGCGGAGGCGCUUAAGGCCCAGCUCUCGGCCGGUGGAGAGGGAACUCCACAGCCUCCUGCCGAGGCCUGGGAGAUGCUCCUCAAGGGCGAGACGUCUGUGGACAGCGUAAAGGAGUUCGUCAAGAGCACCCUCGCCACCGCCGGUGCUCCCGAGCCAAUGGUCGCGCAAGUCCUCGGCGCCGUCGAGGCCCUCGCCGAGCAGUUCCCUGCUCCAGUCGUGGAGGGUUCGGAAGUCGAGAAGAGCGCAACAUCGAGCACGAGCGCAGAUGUGUCCAAGACGGUCGAGGUGCACGACCCGGCAGUGUUCAAGGCCGGUCUGGUGCCGUCGAAGGCAUCGCAGCCUAUCAGGUCGUGGGAGGAGUACAUGGCCGAGCCUGAGAGGAAGGAUCUGGAGGCAGAAGCUGCUGAGAUUAAGGCGCAGACUAGCCAUCUUUGAAUCUAGACUUGCUAGAUGUGUUCAGAGGUGGCAGAGAAGGGAGGAAUCAGAAUCUUUUGUAAUUGCUUCCAGCUUCAGCUACGCUUUCACUGUCUCAUUAGCACCACUAAUACAACAUGCGUUGUCUCAAUUUCUCAACACGUCUAGUGUCAUUGCCUGUCAUCUCUUCGCCAUCUUCACUCCUCCACAGCAAUCUCAUCGAGAUAACUCUUCAGCCUCUUCCCCUCCGCCACGCCAUUCGUCCCAUCCAUCCGCAAUUUCAAUUUUCCGCUAAGCUCAUCGAAGUACUCCCUCCCUAAACGGUCCACCUCACCCACCAG